AUGGCCAGCACUGUUUCAACCUUCUCAAGUGUGUCUGGUGCAGACAGAGUCUCAGUGUCAGUGAUGGAGGGAGAUUCAGUCAUUCUACACACUGGGGUUCAAACAAACCAACAAGAAAAGAUUAAGUGGUAUUUUCAGGUCACUUGCAUCGCUCGAAUCAAUGGAGAUCUCAGUAAGACCUGUACAGAUGUUCAGUGUAAUGAAGGCACUGAGAGAUUCAGAGGCAGACUGAAGCUGGAUCAUCAGACUGGAUCUCUGACCAUCAUGAACAUCAACACCACACACUCUGGAGAAUAUACACUAGAGGUCAUCAGAGGUAACAACAAGGAAACGAUCUUCAGUGUUAAUGUCAUUGGUGCUGCUGAACGAGAUGAAAUAUAUGUGAAGGCGGGAGAAAAUGUUACUUUAGAUCCUGCUGUACUAAAAAACCCAAUUCAUUUGAUGACGUGGCAUUUUAAUAACAUAAGCAUCGCUGAAAUCACUGAAGAUCAGUCUAAGAUCAGUACAGAUGAUCAGGUUAAUAAUAGAUUCAGAGGCAGACUGGAGGUGAAUCAGACUGGAUCUCUCACCAUAACAAACACCAGAAGUGAAGACUCUGGAGUCUAUAAACUACAGACCAACAGCAGCAGAUUCAGCAUCGUUAGGAGCUUCAGAGUUACCAUCACUGGUCCGCCUUCAGGAAUACGCAUCACUGUUUUCCAAUGCAGGAGCCUUACAUAGGGAGACAAGGUGAAAAAUAAGCUCGGGGAUCUGUCAAAAGUGCAAGGAUGAGGAAAACGUCACAAGACCCGACAGGAUCAUAACCGGAUCGUGUAUCUGCAGAAUGAUUCCCAUCACCGUAUAUCAGCAGCACACUUUGUUCCACUUUAACCUGGAAUAAUAUUUACAUUUAUCAUUUAUAGCAUGCUUAUUAUAAUAAGUGCCUUGGUUUCUGGUUAUGGAUUGGUGAAGUGCUUGUGGAAGGGAUGUGUUUUCAGCUGAUUCUUGAAGGUUGAGAUGUUCUCAUCAGAUCAGAUGAAGGUUGAAUGUUUCUGGAGUGAAGCUUCUGAAAGAAACUCAUUGUGAUGGAACCACUAGGAGGCGCUUAUUCACUGUUAAACUUUCUCUAUACAUUUGUAUUCAAUCCUACUUUUACCAUUCAGUCGUCUAGAUAAAUUCAAAGAACAAAUGCUUUAUGACAAUAAACUGGAAACACUCAAUCCAUCAUUAAGCUUGAGCUUACACAGAUCUAAAAGUGUAUCAAACCUUUAAAACAAACUUACCAUGCGUUCUCAGGACAGUCAAUAUCAUCAUUAAUUUCCAUUUAAUAUGAAGAAGAUCUGUACUACUCAUAUUGUACUGUGAGUUUUUACUUGAUUUGUCUUGCACACUUCAUCAAUGUACUGUAUUUGCACACUACAAUGUGCAAAGUGUGAAAUAAUUCAUACGCAUUGUUUUGCUUCAAAACAAACUUUGUAUGAUUGUGAUUCAGCACAGAACUGGAGAGUUUGGUUCAAAAGAACUUAUUUGAAAUCUUUAAGAUGAAAAUUA